AUGGCUCCAGUUGGAGGCAGAACACAACAACCCCAUGUUGUUUGUGUCCCCUACCCUUCACAAGGGCAUGUUAGCCCUAUGAUGCAAUUAGCCAAGCUCCUACACUCAAGGGGCUUUCACAUAACCUUUGUCAACUCUGAGUUCAACCACAGGCGCCUGAUCAAGUCUCAAGGGCACCCAUCAUCCCUUGUGGGCUUACCUGGCUUUAGAUUUGAGGCCAUACCAGAUGGGCUUCCACCAUCUGACAAAGAUGCUACCCAAGAUGUUCCUGCACUCAGUGAUUCCAUCAGAAAAAACUGUCUUGGUCCCUUCAAAGAGCUUCUGGUUAAGCUUGGUGAAUUGUCUGAAGUGCCCCCAGUUACUUGCGUAAUUUCAGAUGGGGUCAUGGGGUUUGGGAGCAGGGCUGCGGUGGAAUUGGGCAUUCCAGAGGUUCAGUUUUGGACUGCCUCUGCUUGUGGCUUCAUGGGUUACUUGCAGUAUAGUGAACUCCUACAAAGAGGCUUGGUUCCAUUCAAAGAGAAAAACUUGGAUAAUCAAGAUGAUCCACUUGAUGUGCUAAUCGAUUGGAUCCCGGGCAUGAAAAAUGUUAGGCUCAAAGACAUCCCUUACCACCCUAACGAAAUAAUGUUUGAUUUCAUGGGAUCAGAAGCACAAAACUGCUUGAAAUCCUCUGCAAUCAUCUUCAACACAUUCGACGAAUUCGAACACCAAGUGCUAGAAGCAAUCUCGGGGAUUUUCCCCAACAUUUACACAAUAGGUCCACUUCCUUUGCUAUGCAGGCAUGUCCCAGCUGAUGACAGCCAAAUCAAGUCACUCAGCCCAAGCUUAUGGAAGGAAGACAGAGAAUGUGUUGAAUGGCUUGACAAGAGAGAACCGAACUCAGUGGUGUAUGUAAAUUAUGGGAGUGUGGCUGUGAUGACAGAGCAACACUUGAAAGAAUUUGCAUGGGGGCUGGCAAAUAGCAAGCACCCAUUUCUGUGGAUAGUUAGGGCUGACGUGGUAAUGGGAAGUGAUGACUCUGCACUUCUGCCUCCAGAGUAUUUUGUGGAGAUCAAAGAUAGGGGUAAGAUAGCAAGUUGGUGCACACAAGAGCAAGUUUUAGCACAUCCAUCUGUUGCUGUUUUCUUGACACAUUGUGGUUGGAAUUCUAUUUUGGAAACUGUGUGUGAGGGUGUGCCUGUGAUUUGCUGGCCUUUCUUUGCCGAUCAACAGACGAACUGUGGAUAUGCAUGCAGCAGUUGGGGGAUUGGUUUGGAGGUAAAGUACGAUGUGAAGCGCUAUGAAAUUGAAGUACUUGUUAAGGAAAUGAUGGAAGGAGAGAAGGGGAAGGAAUUGAAGCAAAAGGCACUAGAAUGGAAGAAAAAGGCAAUUGAAGCUACUGAUAUUGGUGGACCUUCUUAUAAUAAUUUUGAGAGAUUGAUAAAAAAUGCUCUACAUUACGAUGGAUGA